AUGUAUCUUAGUAAAUUGGUCGCUACUUGCAGGAAAAUGUGUCGAACGAAAAAGUUAAUAAUGCAUCAGUACAACUUACAUCAUCAGUGGAUUUACAGUUCAAACUUCUGUGAGGGGCUGUGCUGCUGUCUGCCCAUGUCCCGAAGUGCAUUUGCUAGGAGAUAUUUAUCCUUUCUAUUUUACUUGAUCCAGUAUGCAUCCAUCCUGAUAGAUGAUAGAUCUGCCAUAUGCAUGAAGUGGAUGCACCGGGACCUCAAACCAGAGAAUUUCUUGUUUGCAAACUGGAAAGAAACGGCUGCACUGAAAGCAAUUGAUUUUGGCCUGUUUGUUUUGUUUUUCACUCCAAGUAGAGUCAAUCCUAAUAUCCUAUAUGGCUAUCAUUGA